GUUCCUUCUGGUAGUCGUAGUCCACUAACCAGUAUCGUUUCCGUGUAUCUACCUUACGUUAGUGUUAGGUGGUGGAAUCUGCUCAGUAAAGACAAACACAUGUGAAGUUAUUAUUGAUCAGGGCGCUGUGACUUUAUGGAAACAUGUCAAAGAAACGGGGCAGGAAGCGUAGCAGUGGAGUGCUGGGUGAGAGCUCGGCGCCGACCCUGAGCCCAGACCCAGACAACCUGCUGGGCCGAAGGAUUCAGCACACCUGGAGGGAGAAGGGUAACUUGACUAAGUGGAAAGGCACCGUUCUGGAGCGCCUAACUGUGAACAGCUCUCUCUACAUGGUCAAAUAUGAUGGCUUUGACUGCGUGUAUGGCAUUGAGCUCUUCAAAGACACCCGGGUGUCCAACCUGCAGGUGUUGACAGAGAAAGUCGUGAACAAUAAGAUCAAGGUGCCUCCCGGGGCGGAGGAGCUGGUGGGCCGGGCUGUGGAGCAUCUGUUUGAGAAGGAGGACGGUCAGAAAAACGAGUGGCGAGGCAUGGUGCUGUCCCGAGCCCCCGUCAUGACCCACUGGUACUACAUCACUUACGAGAAGGACCCGGUGCUGUACAUGUACCAGCUGUGGGACGACUAUAAGGACGGAGAUCUACGUGUCCUGCCCGAAUCAGAGAACAAACAUCUGCUACCAGCAGACAGGAAGCCAGGUGAGGAGCCAGAGAGCCUUGUGGGUAAACAGGUGGAGUACGUCACAGAUAACGGUCUGAAGAGGACGGGCUUGGUCAUCUACCAGGUCCCAGCAAAGCCCACAGUGUACUAUAUCAAAUAUGACGAUGACGUUCACAUCCACGUCUAUGAUCUUGUGAAGACCACCUAGUACUGACUGUCCCGAAUCAUCUACAGCUGACGACUCAUCUGUGACCCGACCAGUCGUUCGUUGCCUGUAAAAGUGUUACAGAUUUCAGUUUUCCUCCAGAUCUUCGGCAUGUGCCAAAGAUCAAAAAGCCUUGUCUUUCAUUUUUUUCGGCCUCCAGUGGCUUCUUUCAUUCUCACAUCACCAGACAUUUAAUUUGUUGGAUUCUCAGUGUUGAAGGCACAAUGAGUACGAUGUGUCGGUAGCCGGUUUGUAAACAACAUUCAAAGUUGGCCCGUCGUCCCUGGCUCAACAAGGGUUAUGGUGCAGAUUCGCUCUCCUUCUGAAACGUCUUUGUUUGCUAGGUAUUUUGCAGGGGGUUUUCAACGCUGUGUUGUAGCGUCCUCUGGGUGCAAUCUGACACUUGGUCGCUAUGUUUUUAUCGAGAUUGAUGCCCAGAAAGCUUCCAAAACACAGCAAAAUGAAAAAAGAAAUAAGAAAAUACAGGCAAGGGGAAACAGGCUGUGUGCAGAUACAGACACCGCCGCACACUGCUAAUUAUCGGUGACGAUUGUGAGGGAUUAUUUAGAUUUGAGUCCAUACAUUAUGUUUUAGAAAUAUCCUACUCAUUGUGCCUUUAAGUUAACUUUAAUGUAUGACCUUUAAGUCCUCUUCAGUGUAAAUAAAGCAGGUCUGAGACCGGUUGUAUAGCCCAGCAGAUGAAAUGGAACUAGGCUUUUGUUUGGGUUAUUUCAAACUUGUAUAGUGCAACUUUGAAACUCCCAAAUCAUACUUUUUGUAAGCUACACAUCAAACUAAAAAUAAUUCAGCAUUCUUACCUUUACCUCUGUUAUAUGUCUGUGCUAUUUAUUUCUCUUGGAAUAUCUGGCUGUGUUGCUGGUAACUUUGCCUGCUGUGCUUUUAUCUGUGUCUCGUGGUAGGCCUCAGUUUGUUGAAUAUAGAGGUAAUAUUCAUUUGACCAUCGCCGUUCUGUGUUUAGCCAUUGAUGCAACUUGACUGUCUCACAUUUUGGAAAUCAAACACAAAUUAUUAUGAAAAAGUAAUUUAUACAUUAUGAUAAUAUAAGAAAGAUACUGAUGUUGAUGUCGAGUUGUUUCAACAGUUCACACUAUGAAGUUAAAAUUGGCUCCCAACAUUUUUGGAAUGAAGUCUGUUAUCUGCCAAAAAAUUACUGAUGUGAUACGAAAUAUUCAAGCCUCAAAAUAUUGUUCUUUGUGACCCAGAAUAUGUUUUGUUCUGUACUGUGUAUAUAACUGGAUACAUUUUUAUGAACUUGAAACAAAGCUGCUUGAAAAUGAUUUCCCUGUUGCGUUAUUGUUAAAUGCUGUAUGUGAUAUUUUUCUCAUUUGUGUGAAUGAGUUCCACCAUGGUGGAAAGUACAAUACAUUAAUUCAAUCAAAUAGUGAGCACAUUUAUGAAAUUAGCAUAUUUUUUUACCCUGUGAUUGCGCUGUCUGAGGAGAUUUGAUAGUGGUUAUUGAAUGGCAUGCGACACAUACGCUAUAAUUAAUAAUCCAAGACCAUAUGACCUGCAGUAUUGUGUCUUACUACAUAUUGCCGAUUUAGUGGCACACCUGAUCCAUUCAGAAUGUAAAUUCAUUUUAAUUAAAUGUCGUACCUGUGUU